AUGGCUUUUGUGCUCUCCUAUCUCACCCUUAGCCUCGCGCUCCUCGUGGUUGCUCCAAUCUCCAUACCUUCUGUACUUGUAUCAGGGGAUGACUUUCCCGUAGAAUGUCCGUAUCCCUGCCUGCCCCCGCCGCCGCCGCCGUCAGCGGUCACGAAUUGCCCUCCGCUGCCACCGUCGGCCCCGACAGAGCCAAUUUACAGCUACCCGCCUCCUCCGCCAGGCGCACCGGAGUGCGAGGGCUUUUCUCCGCCGCCGCCUGGAUAUUUCCCGUACUACACGCCUCCAUCGAGCACGCUCCCCGCGCCCCCUCCUCCUAACCCUAUCCUGCCUUGGUUCCCUUGGUAUUAUAGGACGCCGGAUUCGGUUUCGACGGGUCAAGCCACCGUCGACCGUGCUCUCGGUGGAACGACGGCGAUCUUCGCCGCCGCUUUUGCGAGUUUGAUUCUAUUUUAG